AUGAUGUGGAUACUGCUUUUUGUGUCAGUGUUGUUAUUAAAGCAGAAUUUGAUAACAUCAGAACAAGUUUCCCAAGAAGCUGAAAACAUACGUGCACCGAGACAAUUAAACUUUGGGGAAUGCUGUCCGUGUCCAACACAAGAUGUAUUUCAAGAUCAAGAUACGGCGAAUACAAUAAAUACAGCAUUGUCAGAUGACUGUCCAUGUAGACCCACAUCUGAUAGUGUAGGCGCCUCAUCUAUCUAUAGCCCCGCCUUCAGGGCAGUAGAACCAUUUAUUAAACCACUUUCGAAAAAGGAGGAACCAAAACCACUUCUGAAUCCCGAAGUAGGUCUAGCUUCUUCUGUUUUGGAAACAUUACAAGAAGUUACUGACCAAGAAUACCAGGAAGCAUUGGCGAGAGAUGCUGCAAGAAGUGCAUUAAAAUUAAUUGAUCCUGAACCUCUAGAAUCAGAAUCAAGAGAUGUUGUUGAUGUUAUAUUAAGUCCUAAAGAACAAAAUAAUGAUGAAAUGGUUUCACAGGCUACAGAAUUUCAAAGAAAUACUUGUAUUUUACCACCUUUAGGUACAAAAAAUAACUUUGAACCCUUACGAUUGCAGCCUCCAAUUAAUUUACUCAAGCAAAUUUUGACUCCAAUGAAGUUCAGAAGUAAUGGAAUUUUAAAUAGAAAAGGUUUUGAUAUGGAUGGCAGUGCUAGUAAUAGCCAAGACCGAAUUUUGCCUUUAAAAGAAAAUAUUCUAGAAAAUAUGAAGACAAGAUCAAAUUUUUUGAAUUUAAGACCAUUUACCGACAGUAGAGAUGUUAUUGCUUCACCUAAUCUUCAAAAAUACUACGUAAAAAGUAAUAUAAGAGACCGCAUACUCUCACGUAACAGACCGUUACUGGACGUACAACCCACGACUUCAAAUAAGCUCAGUGAGCUCUUUGCGAGAACUGCUGCAGGUGGAAAAAAAAUAGGAACUGAACCAGAUAUAACACCUGAUUUUAUCCAAUACUCACCUGAGCCAUACGAUUUUACUAAAGAUGAGAGGAAAAUGAAAGCGAAUCCUAAAGACAGUAUACUUGAAAAUAGUGAUUGUAAGGAAAUUAAUACGUCUCCUGAAAAUAACGAGAAAGAUUUUGACGCAGCCCCAAGUUCCUCGAACACAGUUGAAGUGAAAACACCGACCGUCGCUCAACACCAAAAUAUUAUACAACAAAAUAGAGACGCUGAUAUAGGUAGUGAUAAAUUACUGGAUGUGGAUACGGUCACUGACAAUUACAAUACCUUACAAGCUCCUACUGCCAUAAAUUGUUUGCACGAUGAAAUUGAAGCAACAACAGAAGGAAUUAUAAAAAGUGUGAGGACUGUGGAUGUAGAAACUAUCCAAUCUGAAUUUCAGUAUACUACAGAAAAUUUAGAAAACAUUAAAGACAUGGAACCUGAAUCGAGUAUUACCAGAAAUGUAAUUAAAAAUUUAGAAGAUACCCCGACUGAAGACUGCAUUUCUUCCAAUGUAGAGAAAAAAAAUGAAAAUUUCAGAAGUGCAAUAGAUUCUGUACCAUCCAUAUCUGCAGAAAAAGGUAUCGUUACUUCGAACCCUCAUACAUUACCAAAUAUCAAAGCAGAUAUAUUUAAAACCCUAGAAAAUUUUAAAAAAGCUAAUGAAUUAAUUCAAGACAAAUUAAGAUCGAAUGUACAAGACGCUUUAAAGUUAGUUAUUACAAGUGAACCUACGAGCUUAGUGACACAGACGGCAACGUAUCCUGUAAGUGAAAUGCGUGCUUCUUCCAUGGAGUCAACACAAACAUUUAAAAAUAAUGCAAUAAACAAUAAUCUUGGUACUCAAGAUUUGCAAAAAAUGUCUGAUUCAUUACUUGAGUUAAAUUCUUUAAAAGUUGAAUCUGACUCUUCUACAACGCCUAGUUGCAAAGAGAAGUCAACAGAGAAAAUUCCCUAUAAGUCAAUCGAAGUUGACGAAGUGUCUAAUCUUGACAUGAUUACUUCACCAACCACGUCAGAGGACGUAAAAUCAAAUUUAGAUACAGAAGGUAUAAACAAUAGUGAUGAAACAUUAAAAAGUGCAUGUGGUAACAAUAUUAUAUCAAAAAAUGGUGAAUCUAACAUCAUAAACAAUGAAGAGAACGAAAUGUCUGCUCAACCGAGUAACUCAGCUUAUAAUACUAUAUCUCAAUUAGAUUCGAAUUUAAAAGAUUUUAUUGUUCAAUCACAUGAUAAAAUAAAGCCAAUGGAAGGAAUUAAAGACCUUUUCAGUAAUUUUAGAUAUUUAGGUGCAGACACUUUUACAAACGAUAACAAUGAUUCAGAAAAAUUAGCUAAGCAACCACUUUAUAGAAAUAAUAACGAUAACAAUAAUAUAAACACUUUAAAGAGCUUUAACGGACAAAAAAGUUAUAACCCCAGUUUUAACACUGACACUAAAUUAAGUUCAUAUAAAGCUAAAGUAGCAAGUCCAAAAUUACUUGAUAAAUCUACUGUUCCACAUUUGAAUAAGGAAGCGGAUGUAUUAGGCUUGGCAUCACAAAGAAUACCGCAAACUACUAAUUUCAAAAAUAUGUUAUCAAAUGUCGAAGAUGGAAUAAACCCCGUGCUUAAAAGCAUAUAUAACGGCAAAAUGCCUCAAGAUUCAUUUUCGUCAAAAGUUCCAAGUAUAUCUAAGAAUUUUGAAUCGCAUGCUAACGAAGCCUUAAAAUCGUUUCGCGAUUCUUUAAAUUUAGCUGAGAGAGAACCGUUUGCAAUCAAGAAAAAUAAUGUUUUAGGUAGAUCACUGGUGAAUCCUGAUAAAUUAUUUGAGAAUGUUUUGAAAACACAUGAGGAUUUCAACACCAAGUUAAAAGCUUUCCACAGCGAUCUUAAUAAACGACUGAGUUCAAGAAUACCAUCUGAUAUUCCGCGAUUAUUGACACCAAGCAGGUUGAAUACUCCGAAAAACAGGGCUGAAUCAAACAAUUUUUCAAGUAAAAAAAGUGGAACAACGCUUGGUAAACCCGUAUCAUCUAUGAAGAAUACGUUACUGUCAAAAAAUAGGCCACUUUUAGAAACUCUUCAAAAGAAACCCCCAAUUUCAGUGAUUACACCAAGACCUAAUAUUAAACCAAAACUUAGUGUACAUCAAAGAGAUUCCAGUACUAAAAAGUCACCAAUUACAUUAAAUCCUCCUAAAAUAAAUAAAUUAAAACCCCUGAAGGAAAAUAAAGUAACUAUAUCUUUUGCAACGACCUCUAUCCGCCCUGAUACAUUAAAAUCUAGAUUUAACAGUGAACCUGUAAAACUGCCAAAGUUCUCAAAACCUCUUGUCAAUAAAAAACUAAUUCCAAAAUCUAAAUUUGAAUCUAACGAGCCGAAAGUUUUAGCAAGUGAUAUUUCACUGUCAAAAUCUCCUCCUGAUACAGUAAGACAAACAAAAUUAACAGAGAAAAUCCCAUUGCCAGAUGAAUCAGAAAUAUCAGAACAAAAUGAUAACAGACGAUUUAUAAAUAUGCCAGAAACAAAUAAAAGUAAACUACUAUCAAAGUUAAAAAAUGGAUUUUCUACUGGAAUACCAAGUACGAAAAGAUAUAAUGAGUUUUUAUCGUCUAAACAAAACAAAAAUGCAUUAGAUGCAGCUCAAUCGGCUUCUAAUAAUAUGGAUUCGAAUAUAGCUGCAACCAGCUUAGUUAGCAAAACAUUGAAUGACGAUAAACACCCGUUUAAAUGCAAGAUGGUUUGUAUUCAAGACAUUUUAGAUUCAAAAGAUACUUAUGAUAAUUGA